CCCACAACAACUGCAACCCCCCGCCGAACGAUGCCACGCCGAUAACUGCUUCUUCUCACCAAAACCGUGUCGCGCCUGAUUGACCCUUUGCCUUUUCGCCCACAAUGGCCUCCGCCAUCUUCUUCCUCGACCUCAAGGGCAAGACCCUUCUGGCCCGCAACUACAGGGGAGACAUCCCCAUGUCCGCCGUCGAAAAGUUCCCCAUUCUGCUGAGCGAGGCCGAAGAAGAGAGCUCCGCUGUCCCGCCAUGCUUCUCCGACGAAGGCAUCAACUACCUCUACAUCAGACAUAACAACCUCUACCUGCUCGCCCUCACCAAGCGCAACUCCAACGCAGCCGAGAUCCUUCUCUUCCUCCACAAAAUCGUCGAGGUCUUCACCGAGUAUUUCAAGGAGCUGGAGGAGGAGAGUAUAAGGGACAACUUUGUCGUCAUUUACGAGCUUCUCGACGAAAUGAUGGAUUUCGGAUACCCGCAGACGACCGAGAGCAAGAUAUUACAGGAAUACAUCACCCAGGAAUCGCACAAGCUCGAGAUCCAGGCCCGUCCUCCUAUCGCCGUCACAAACGCCGUCUCCUGGCGCAGCGAAGGCAUCCGGUACCGGAAGAACGAAGUCUUCCUCGACGUUGUCGAGUCGCUCAACCUUCUCGUCUCUGCCAACGGCAACGUGUUGCGCUCCGAGAUUCUGGGCGCCAUCAAAAUGAAGUGCUACCUCUCCGGUAUGCCCGAGCUGCGGUUAGGCCUGAAUGACAAGGUCAUGUUCGAGACGACGGGACGAGCCACGCGGGGUAAGGCGGUCGAGAUGGAAGACGUCAAGUUCCACCAGUGCGUGCGGUUAAGUCGAUUCGAGAACGACCGGACCAUCAGCUUCAUCCCGCCGGACGGAGAAUUCGAGCUGAUGAGCUACCGGUUGAACACGCAAGUGAAGCCGCUGAUCUGGGUCGAGUGCAUCGUCGAGAGCCAUUCAGGCAGCAGGAUAGAGUACAUGCUCAAGGCCAAAGCGCAAUUCAAGCGACGCAGCACGGCCAACAACGUGCAAAUCAUAAUACCGGUGCCUGACGACGCGGACACGCCUCGAUUCCGGACGAACAUCGGCACGGUGCACUACGCGCCUGAGUCGUCAUCGAUUGUGUGGAAGAUCAAGCAGUUCGGCGGCGGCAAAGAAUUCCUGAUGCGGGCGGAGCUGGGGCUGCCGUCGGUGCGCGGCGACGACGAGAAGGGCGGCGGCAUGAUGGGCGGUUUUGGUGGCAGUAUGGGCGGCAUGACGAGCGGCAAGGGCAAGCGGCCCAUCAACGUCAAGUUCGAGAUUCCCUACUUCACCACGUCGGGUAUCCAGGUCCGCUAUCUGAAGAUUAUCGAGCCCAAGCUGCAAUACCCCUCCCUGCCAUGGGUGCGCUACAUCACGCAGUCGGGCGACAUAUCAGUGCGCCUGCCCGACGUGCAGUAAACGGGGCGGCGGACUCGACGACAGUGACGAUGACGAUGACGGGACAGGACGGGACAGGACGGGAUCUAGCAGAGGAAGGGGAGGAAAGAAGCGUGCUUUCUGCUUGCCUGCUGUUUGCUGCGCGGGUUAUGAGGGCUCACUACGCCUGAGAUACGUAUGGCAUGGCUUUUCUUGGAGCGGGCAAGCAAGAAUUGAUUGGACGCGAAGCUGCAUGAAUGAAUGCAUGCGUGUAUGCACUAACUGGUUGUUGGCAAUCAGCGGGAGCGAGUCGAGGGAGAGGCAUUUGCAAGCUGCGUGCGUGCGUGAUGCUGCGCUGGGUGGGCGGCAUGAUGGGAUUGUUCACGCGGGUUAUGCGUGCAUGAGCGGCUGCCCUGCUGUCUCGUGUGGGGAGGAUAGUUAGAAAGACAACGAAGGCUUAAUUCAGGAUUGAUAGGUAUGGCUGUGGCUGUUUUUG